AAACAAACGGUUUAGGGUAGAAUACACAGAACACACAUUCAUCACUAUAAAAAAAUGAUUUUUGACAAAUUCAUGCAGGAAGCCUUUGUGGAAGCGAGACGUGCCCUUUCCGUCGGUGAAGUUCCUGUUGGUUGUGUAUUUGUUUACGAAGGGAAUGUAAUAGCACGAGGAGCAAACGAGGUAAAUGCCACCAAAAAUGCAACACGCCAUGCCGAGUUUAUAUGCAUAGACCAAGUACUGGAAUUUUGCACUGUUGGUGGACUGAAGUCAGAAGAUGUAUUCCCUAAGAUUUCUGUGGUUGUAACGGUAGAGCCUUGUAUUAUGUGUUCAGCAGCAUUACACGAUCUAAAAGUGAAGGAAAUCAUUUAUGGUUGUGCCAACGAUCGUUUUGGUGGCAAGACAGUUGUUGAUGUUCCACAAGUUGUUGAUUACACAGUCAAAGUAGAGGGUGGUUUGUGCGCAGACGAGGCGAUGGAUUUAUUAAAAGAAUUCUAUAAAGGUGAAAAUCCCUCGGCGCCAGUUGCAAAAAGUAAGAGAUAGUUAUGAAAUUUAAUACUACAUAUUUUGUAAAUGACUAUUUUAAUAUAAGUAUCUAUGAAUAAAAUCGUGUUAUAAAAGUGAA